UCGAACGAACCCCCUUCCCCCACCCACACUUCUUCCCCAACGAGAACGAGAAACUCGAGAAAAAAAAAAAAAACAAUGGCUUCUGUAGCAGAAAUAUUCCCUGAUUCGACGAAUUUGAAGCUGACAGAGUUGUUAAAGGAGGUGCAGCUAGACUACUCUCCAGAAAACACCGUAAUCAUAAACGACGCCGUUUCCGCCAUUAGAGAAGCCAUCAACAACAUUCCAGACGGCAUUCAGGUUACGGCGGAUUUUGCGCCGGGGUUUGUUCGAGAUGUUGGCGCUGAUAAAGUCGAGUUCAAGUUCAGUAAACCUAAGUCAAUAGAAAUUGGGGGUAGUUAUUCUUAUCAAUGCGUUGCAAAGCCGGAUGUGAAUGUUGAUCUUUUUAUGAGGCUGCCUAAGGAAUGUUUUCAUGAAAAAGAUUAUCUAAAUUAUCGUUACCAUGCAAAAAGAUUCCUCUACCUGUGCAUGAUCAAGAAGCAUCUGAAGGUUUCUUCUUUAGUCCAAGAUGUAAAAUGGUCAGCUUUCCAUAACGAGGCACGCAAGCCUGUACUGGUUGUUUAUCCAGUUGCACGAUUAUCAGGAAAUACUGUAUUUUCCUUGAAAAUAAUUCCCACAGCACCCUCCCUGUUCACCUUAUCGAAAUUGAACUUUGAGAGGAACAAUAUUCGCUCCCUCAGUCAAGAAUCAGGUCUUUUACAAGCUACACCCAAGUACAAUAGCAGUAUUUUGGAGGACAUGUUCAUUGAGGAUAAUGCAGAGUUCAUCAAGAAAACUUUUACAGGAUGCAAAGAACUGUCUGAGGCUUUGUUACUUUUGAAAGUUUGGGCUCGGAAACGACAUCUCUUUGUUCAUGAUUGCUUAAAUGGAUUUCUGAUAACUAUCAUUGUGGCGUACCUUGCAUCAACUUCUGGUAAAAAUCGAAUCAAUGGUUCAAUGAAUGCCAUGCAGAUUUUGCGUAUCACGAUGGACUUUAUUGCCAAUGCCAAGGUAUGGGAUAGUGGACUAUUUUUUCAACCUGAAGGUGAAAGAAAGAUUUCAAAUAAGGUCAGGAAGGCACAAUUGCAAUCAUUCCCAGUAAUUAUAUGUGAUUCAUUUGCUGACUACAAUCUGGCGUUUCGAAUGUCACUAAGUGGUUUUCAUGAGCUUCGUGAUGAGGCUGUUCUUGCUCUUACUUGCAUGGAUAAAUGUAAAGAUCGGGGUUUUGAUGAGAUCUUUAUGACCAAGAUUGAUUUUCCUGCUAAGUAUGACUAUUGCGUAAGAUUGAACUUGAAGGACAACCAUGAAUUCCACGUUUCUGGAUAUUGCUUGGAUGAUGAAUGCUGGAGGUCUUAUGAGCAGAAGGUACAUCGUGUUCUUGAUCAAGCAUUGAGAUUGAGAGCUAAGCUCAUUCGAGUAAUCUGGAAAAACACUUCUUCCGAGUACAACUUCGAGAAUGGUUUGUCUGUGCUGCAUACAGAAGCUAUUUUUGUUGGGAUCACAAUUGGAUCUGUGGAGGAAGCCUUCAAACAGGUCGUCAUUGGUCCAAGUUCUGAAGACAAAGAAAAGGCUCGGGAAUUCAGAAAUUUCUGGGGUGAUAAAGCAACUCUAAGAAUGUUCCGUGACGGUACAAUUCCUGAAGUUGCGGCUUGGGAGCAUGAAGAAUGGGAAAGGCAUCUUAUUAUAAAGGAAAUAACAGAGCAUGUUCUAAUGCGUCAUUUAUCCCUUCCGAAAGAAAAUAUCAUUUCUGUGGUAGAUCAACUCGAUUUUGUUCUUUGCCAUGGCAAUAAAGACCCGAUAUCCUUUUCCCAAAAGUUGUUAAAGGCGUUUGAUGAUCUGUCAAAGCAUUUGCGGCUUCUUGACGACAUUCCUUUGAAGAUAUCCAGCGUACAGUCUCUGGAUUCAGCUUUUAGGUUGACGUCUGUUUAUCCUCCUGCACCGCAUCCAUUGGCACAUAAAGAAGGAACUAAAAUAAAACUGGAGAACCCCACUGCAACCUGUCUACAACCUCUAGAAGUUAUGAUACAGCUGGAAGGUUCUGGAAACUGGCCAAUGGAUGAGCUGGCUAUGGAGAAGACCAAGUCUGCAUUCCUCCUUCAAAUCAUGGAAAGCCUUCAAACCAAACUUGGGAUUACAUGUACGGCUACAGAGGAUGAUGUAGAUAUUUUCAUCUCCGGAUAUGCAUUCCGUCUUAAAAUUUUGCAUGAGAGAGGUUUGGGCUUGGUUAAAAGACAAGGUGGUGCUCAAAUGAAGCGAGUUCUAUCUUCAGACAAAAAACUUUUUCUUCGCGGUCAACAUGCUAGCAUGAUUAAUGGUUUACGAGGUCGUUAUCCAAUAUAUGGACCUGUCGUUCGGCUUGCAAAACGCUGGGUAGCUGCACAUCUGUUCUCUAACAAGUUGUCAGAUGAGGCAAUUGAGCUUUUGGUUGCACACUUAUUUGUGAAGCCUUUGCCGUUCAGAACCCCAUGCUCCCGCAUAACUGGAUUUCUGAGAUUCCUAAGAUUGUUGUCAGAGUACGACUGGAGUUUCUCUCCUUUAAUUGUUGACAUCAAUGGAGAUUUCACUCCUGAUGACGACAAGGAAAUCAAUGAGAAUUUCAUGUCAAACAGAAAGGAGAUUGAAGAGAACACGCAGAAUAAUAAACCAGCUAUGUUUUUAGCAACUAAUUACGACAAGGAAUCCGAAGCUUGGACCAGGCAAUCACCAACUGCAACAGACAUUAAGAGAUUGGCUGCAUAUGCAACCAGCAGUGCAAAUUUCUUGACAAACAUUAUCAUGAAAAAUCAGACCGAUUCUUAUGGAUGGGAAUGUCUUUUCCGCACACCUCUGAACAACUACAACGCAGUCAUUCUUCUGCACAGAGACAAACUGCCUCAUCCACGUAGUCUUCUCUUCCCAUCUGAAGUCAAACAAGGGAAGCAAGUGGUACGAGGGAAUCCCAGCAAAACUUUCCGCCCCUUUUUAUUGCCUGGAGACACGAAAGUAAACUUGGAGGAACUGAAGAGUAGGCUUAUGGUCAACUUCGAUCCUCUUAGAUAUUUCGUCGCUGAUAUCGAGAGGGAGUUUCCUGAAAUGUUCAAGGUGUGGUAUGAUUCUUUUGGAGGCGAUGCCAUUGGUCUUACGUAUAGUAGUAAAAUCUCAAAGAAACGAGGAAGAGAUGAAAGUAGUGGAGAUAAAGAUCUACUCGACGAACUGAAAAGUGUGGGUCAACUCGGUAAAGGAUUCGUAAGAAGUGUACAUUUCCUCAAGGCCCCGAGAGUUAGCAGUUGAAAUCUAUGUCUGGUUAAAUUAAAUCGAAAUUGCUCGGCAGAUCGUUAGCCUGACUACGAAAAGCCAAAGGGGUUAUAUACUGUUAGAGAAAUAGGUUACAGUUUUGGAAAAUCUUGAUUUCAUUUUUGGAUGGGAGUUGUGUAAAAACAUUCGUUGUUCAAACAUUAUUCAUCUAUUACAAUUUACAAUUAUCAUG